AUGAAGACCAAGGUCUGUCCUCAGGACAUGGAGAAGAUCAUUGAUGCCUAUGCUGGCGCAGUCGACAACCUGAACAAGCAUGCUCACCCGGACUCACAAUAUGCAUCAGCUCAAACACUGAAGGGUCUCAUUCGAUCAGGUCCACCGGUCUAUGGCUUCGCUGCCGUUGGAGAUGAUAUACCCCUGAGCGAGGGCGGCAAACUCCUUCUUGAGCGGAUAGAAGCCCCCUCCACUCAACCCUUAUGGCUUCUCUGCUGGGGUGGAACGAAUGUUCUUGCACAAGUUCUUCUCAAGAUCCGGAACACUUACUCACCGAGCGACGCGGCAGCAUUACGGGCUAAGCUGCGAGUGUACACCAUCUCAGACCAAGACGACACAGCUAUCUGGAUCAGGACACAAUUUCCUGAUAUCUUCUACAUUUCAUCGAUUCACGGUUGGAACAAUUAUGGUAUGGCCGCAUGGACUGGCAUAUCUGGCGAUCAAUUCUACCAAUUCGACCAGGGCGGUCCGGAUUUUUCGAAAAUGACCAAGGAAUGGAUCAAGGAGAAUAUCCAAAUCGGGCCCCUUGGCUCGGCAUACCCAGACUAUAUGUUUAUUCCAGAGGGUGACACGCCAACCUUCCUCUACCUAAUACAGAACGGCUUAGGUGUCCCAGAGCAGCCAGACGCUGGUUCCUGGGGUGGACGAUAUAAGCUCACGGACAUCAGCGGCGCCGGCCAGAAGUCGGGACACUAUUCUGAUGCCGUAGACCAUGUUGUCGGCAAGGAUGGAAAGACGUACGUUUCAAACCAGGCUACUAUCUGGCGUUGGAGGGAUGCUUUUCAGAACGACUUUGCUGCACGCAUCCAAUGGACCCUUACUCCGGAUCUCGCCAAGGUAAACCACCAUCCGAUCAUCUCCAUUGAUGGGAAUGUUGGUACAGAGCCAGUAGCCGUUCGGGCAGAGGCCGGCUCCGUCAUCACCUUUGACGCCAGCGAGACGUACGACCCGGACCAAGGUGACAAGUUGACAUUUAAGUGGUGGCAUUAUCGUGAGCCCAGUGCUACUCAGUGGGCAGUUCAAUUCGAAGUGGCGCCUCUAGAGAUCGAGAACCUAGAUACUGAAGGUAGAAAGGUGCAGGUGAAGAUUCCCGGGCCAGACAAAUGCUGCGUGGAGCUCAUCAGUAGGAAAGCUGUGGAGGAGGGUCAGGUGCUACAUUUGAUUCUCGAGGUCACAGAUAAUGGCACACCUUCUCUCACGAGUUACCGGAGGAUCAUGAUACAGACCACAAAUAAAGAUUUGCGUGGAGGAGGCCAAGGGGCCGAUGCAAUUGGGGACUUGCUGAAGACCUGA